CUUGCAACAACCCUGGCCUCAAACGAACACGACCUUACCUGUCAAAUUAUUACAGGUGACAACAUAAACAACAGACAACCGGUUUACAUGUUUCUUUCUGUCGUUUCCUUGUUCAUGGCUUUCAGGUGAAUUGUGCGUUAUGCCUAUCGCGAGCGACGUAAAUCCUAUUAUGGCGUGAUCAGGCGACCAACAUGGCGUCCGAGCGUCGGCCAUUAACAAGAGGUCCGCGUCUGUCGAAGACAUUUCCGCAUCGAGUAGUCCUCGUCGUUGCAUUGGUCCUAUGUUUGUGCGCGUGCGGAAGUAUCGUGCUGGGCGUUAUUUGCUGGGCCAAUCAUCUAUGGGGUUACUACUGGGGAACGGGGUUAUGGUCGGGAGGCGUCAUUCUGUUCGCGGGUAUGUUCGGCAUUGUGAGUAGUAUCGUGAAGAACGUGUGUGCCACCAAGACCUUCAUGAUUAUCUCCAUAUUCGGAUGUAUUGUUUCACUAGGAAUGAUCGCUCUAGCUUGUGGUGGCCUUGAUUCAGCGAGCGGCUUUUUCGACGGCGGAAACCGCUCAAGCUUUCUGACAUACCUUAGUCACGCGUUGUACCUUGGUCUUGGGGUUUUGCAAUUGACGUUAUGCGUUCUCUCUGAUGGGAUUUGUGUUUACUAUUUGUUCUACGGGACGAAUGCGGAAUUAUACACAGUGGCAAAUAGCAAAGACAAGAAACAUAAAAAGACACCAAUAGUGAGAAAAGACAAAACUCGAUCUAGUACCGGAAGUGAGGUUCCUUUAAUGCGUGCCUCAAAGUCGGAGAGUCUAAGGUCUAGCGGUAAACGACAAUCCAAGUCAAGGAGUGACACAAACGUAAACAACAAUGAUGAACAAUUCACCGCCGAUGAUCUGCCUAUCUUUUAUUCGGGAGCUGCACAUCAACUCAACGCCAGAGCUCUGCACAGAGAGGAAGCACAGGUUUCAAGUCCCGUGGUGCGCAGUGCUUCAUUUUCGACCUUCGGACGCCACCCUCCCGGCCCUGACCAGGUGUCGCUGAUAGUUCACCCAACUGACGACAAUGCAAGUGAAGUCAAUACGGUCUGCAUGGAAACUUCCGAACGAGCCCGUAAAAGGGAAAACCAUUACGCACAAACGCUUCUGUUCGUCCCACCGCUGCCGAUUGAAGAAGACGAAGCUUUGCCGCCCUAUGAGGUGGUCGACUCAAACCCGUAUGAAAACGUGAAUAGUGACAGGCGGCGGAAGCGCCGGAGAACAGACGAGUCGCCUGUUACUUGCCUGUACAUCCACCGAAGUAGAAGUUUGCCGGUGAGAGCUUUAAAGCAAACCGAUUCACGUUCUAAACGUGGUUCACUGCGAACACAAGUACCACGUGGAACUCCAGACUCCGGACUACCAGGUGGCGGCCACGAGCAACAAACUCUCUUACCCACAAAUAAUGACGGUCAAACUCCUAAGUCAAAAGGUCCGAUAGCAGUGUGUCCUUUAAGUCGGUCCGCUGACUUUUUGCCUUUUGAAAAUGAAACAGAUAGCAAUGUAGCCAGUGUCAUUGAUGUCAGUCCGCAUGACGUUCUUCAAAAACAGUUUGUUCAUCCAAGUGAUCGAAUAAUGGAUAACAAUGUUGUUCGAAGAAAUAAGCAUUCUCAAAGUAUGAAAUCUGAAAAUAAAAGACGUUUAGAUCGACAUCGACGAGCUGUUUCGGCCGAAAUAAAACCGAACAAAGACGGUCUAUAUCCACAUGAAAAACUUGCAAACAUUGAUCUGGCUGCGAGAACCAGUACGAGUUCACUCGACGGCUCGAACUCGAGCCUGUUCGCGGAUAAUCGGAUAAUGCCAACCAAGUUUUCUCUCCGAAAGCCAAUACGACAGCUAGGUAUGCCCGCCAUAAGUUCUCCAGUUCCGGUGAAGCCUCCCCAUGCCGCUCAUGUGAAGAGUCCCCCACCCAAACCACCCCGCACCCAUUCAGUCACCGCCGACGACCUGCUAAGAGACGACAUGGACUCUGUUAACAUAGAGGAGGCUGAAACAGUGUUCGCUAACAUUAAUGAUCUUACUAAUGGGAAACAUUAUGACGCAGGAACAGAAAAUGUGCCACAGCCGAAAAUAGGACUUGACGUACCGAAACAUAAAACAUUGGCUGUAGUGCGAGAUGAAACAAAAGUAAAACAAGCUAAGGAACCUGUAGCAGUGUUAGACAGUGGACCGGUGUUGAGGUGUAUGCCUCCUUCGGUUGUGAAAAUGUCUAAUUCCGUGGGUGAUGACGAUGUGUUCAGCAGUAAUUCCGUGGUUCUCCCGACCUCGCCCGUGUUAAAACACCCUUCAUUGACGGCCAAACAAGCGUAUAGACCCUCUGUAAUUGGCAAAACAAAAAUAGUUAGUAAUGAGUUCGAAUCUAAGGUUGAUCAUAAUGGUACGGCAGAAUUGAAAAGCCCGAGUGUUGAUGAGAAACGUGAAAGUGAUAGUGCUGUGUAUGCUCAAGUUAUGAAAAGUACAACUGUAUCGCCAACUUCCCCACGCACAAACGUUCAAAGGUCAAGAAAACUGUACUUUUCAUUCUCGGAUAAAGACAAUGUCAGUGUGUUUGACCCGAGUCCAGUCAUCGAGAAUAAACCCGGACUUGAGUCUGAACACGUGUUUGAAAUAGAGAAUAAAGUUACUGUGCAGAACUUAGCAGAAGUGCCAGAAUCUCCAGUCGUUGCCGCAAAAGAACAAACGCGGAAGGGAGAUAAUAAUGACAAAAACAUGAAAGAAAAAAAUGUUAGAAAUGGAAUUCAAGAGAAAGAAGGACCUGUGAAUGGCAAAACGGACUUACGUGUAAGACUACCCCCUGUUUCUCCAUCAGAAAGAAUACUUCAGAGGAAAAAUCUCACUAGCAAUAUAGACCUUGGAAAUAGCUCGCUGAAAGAGGAAAAGAAAUCUCCAGAAACGAAUGGAGCGCGACCGAAAACGACUUCGUAUAAACAUUUAUUCAGUCCAUUGCCUCACCCAAGCAAGCACAUGAGCUCGCCACCACAAAAACCGGACUUACGUUUAUCAAGCUUGUCAAGCUCUGGUUUUGAUCGACAAAUUACACCGGGGGAUAGCAAAAAAAUGCCGGAAAUAAGUCCUCUCCCUUUUCUGAAAUCCCCCAAACCUCCGGUGUUUAGUAAACCGACAAAGCUAAAGUCCCCUGCUCAAAGCAAUACUUUGUCUUCUGGUGAGGCUGUGAAUGUUCCUUGCGGUUUGAAAGCAGAUUCUCCCGGCACCUUAACUGGCGCCGCUAGCUCGCCUCUGCAUAGCGCUUCCGGUCAGUCGGAUAAACCGUCGACAAGUUCAUCAACUGUAACGCCGACUUUCUCACCAAGCGCUCCUGACCGUGCCAGGAGCAGCGGUGGUAAUCAUCAAGGCGUUCUCACACUUCCACCACCACAGCACGCGCGUCACGUGCCGGACCAGGUGCUCAGGCAGCAGGUGCCUGUGUUGCCCAAUCAAGACAUUCCAGCACAGCCGGGGAACGCCGACGAGCAGCUCAAUAGACCAUUAUUUUCAGUCCUCUUAUAGUUUAUUAGUCCAUGAAUUAAAUGCUUGGAAUUACCAUUGCUUUGAAAUUGAUAUGGUGUUGGUCUAUAACGCAUUUGUUUAGGUGUUCAGUGAUGUACCAAAUUUAGCUUGAAAAUAUUAUCUUGAAAUUUUAUUCAGUUAUUUGGCUUCAAAAGUCUGCGUUUGACUAAAUAUUUACUAAAUAACUAUUUAAUAUUGCAAUAAUUUGUGUUCAAUGCGGAUGAAGUCCUUUCUAACGACAAGGCUUUAUACUACUUUAAAUCAUCCCCUUUAUCCAUACAUGCAAAACUAUUUUUGACCUGAUAUAUGUCCAGUACAGUUUAAUAGUCACAGUUUUUGCUUUUCAACAGGUUUUGCAUUUCUGUUUUAUACAAAGUAAACGCUAUUUCAGUGAGAGUCACAAUGAUGGAUACCUCUACUACUAGACUAGUAUACUUAUUUUGUUCUAGUUUUUGUUUAAAAACUUACACUUGUUCAAAACAAUGUCUACCAAGCAACAGAUCUGAAUACAUACAUGACUUUCUGGAAUCUUAGCCAUAACUUAUAGACUUUCGAUAUAUUAAAACCAAAUUGUACACAUGCUGUCAGAGAUAAUACGCACGUAAUUAGCAAUGCCCAUAACUCUGGUUGUUUUAAUUGUCGGGUAUAUGUCCCUUUUUACUGAAAACAACAACUGACGAUAGUUACACUUUGGUGCAUGGGGCUCUUGUUCAUACGCCAAAUGAAGGCAUUGAACCUCACCUUUAUAGAAAAUAGAAUAAAAAGUUUCAGUUAAAUGUGUAGCUCUUGUUAUGUUGGAUAAAUGAGUACUUGGACCCUGCUUCAUUAAAUAUAACAGUUGAAUGUAUUGCCAUAUUUAUCAUAUACAUGCUGUGCUAUUUUAACCAUGUCAGUUGCGAACAAUGUUGAAUUAUAUAUAUUUAUUGUUAUUGUUAAUGCUUUAUUUCUAUUGCUAUUAAAUAUUUACAACUACA